CAGAUGAAGAACAGGUUAGUUUACAACGUUUAUCGAUAGAUCGACUGGAAUCAAGAAUGGCGGAUAAAUCUCAGAAGAAAAAAAAAGUAUCACCUGAAUCUCGACUAGUCUCUCUUCUCAAUGAUUUGUUUGUAAACUCUCAAAAUUUCGACCAUUAUAUACGCAAAAACGUCUAUGCUGGUCGAGAAUAUUCGAUCGAUACAAAUUCAGAUGAGUAUAGCUUUAUAGGCAGCUUAAAUUUUGCAAAAGUUGGACACUUUACUUCAAGAUCCAACGAUACAGCUCCUUUGAAAAAAUCUGUAAAACUCAGUCCAAGAGUUGGAUUAGAUGUUGGUCAUCUUCUCAAAUCUGCAUUAGCAGGAGGAAUCUCAUGUGCUUUCUCUGCUUUUCUAAUGCAUCCAGUGGACACUGUAAAGACACAAGUUCAAGCAUCAACAACAAUGUCCUUUGUGGAAAUUAUGUCAAAGAUUCCAGAAAUUGGUGCUCGAGGUUUAUACAAGGGCUCGAUUCCCGCGGUUGUUGGUCAAUUUGCAAGCCAUGGUUUACGAACUAGCAUAUAUGAAGCAAGUAGACUAGCAUUACCGCUCGUUGCUCCUGCUCUCCUCGACAUCCAAGUUCAGUCAGUUGCGUCUUUGUUGGGGACGGUUUUGGGGACAAUACUACGAAUACCGUGUGAGGUGUUGAAACAACGGUUACAAGCCAAUCAGUUUGAUAACAUUAUGGAAGCUACGAUUUCAACAUGGCAUCAAGAUGGGCUCAAAGGACUCUUUCGUGGGACCGGUGUUACUCUUCUACGCGAGGUUCCUUUUUACGUUGCUGGUAUGGGACUUUACAACGAAUCAAAGAAGCUGGUGAAGAGACAAUUAGGGAGAGAGCUGGAGCCGUGGGAGUCUAUCGCAGUUGGAGCCUUGUCUGGUGGUUUCACAGCUGUGCUAACGACACCAUUCGAUGUGAUUAAAACGAGAAUGAUGACGGCUCCACAAGGCGCAGAUUUAUCGAUGUGGAUGGCUGCUUAUUCCAUUCUCACACAUGAGGGUCUUCUUGCUUUCUACAAAGGCGCUGUUCCAAGGUUCUUUUGGACUGCUCCUCUGGGUGCCUUAAACUUAGCUGGCUAUGAACUUCUUGAAAAGACUUUGAUAACACCUAUAAAUCAACCAGUGCAUAGUGACUGACUUUUUUACUGUAGCACUACAGGUAGCUACGAGUGGACUUUUCAUUUGUUCACGUGUAUUGAUUCUGCCAUCAAGACACGAUCCAUGAAACCAAGAUUAUCAAACAUCACAUUUCACUGGGGCUGACAUGAUCAUUAGAAGGUCUCCCUUCUCUUUUUGUAUUUUGUAUUUCUUGCCCUGUGGUGUAUUAAGUUAAUGUAGCGAUAGAGUUAUUUAAAUAUUCGGACCAAGGAUCUAUGAAAAUACUGUGAAACCCAAGGGGAAUU